AUGCUCAAUGGCAAGCGAAUACGGAACACUGAAUCUGUUGGUACUGGAGUUGCCUAUGCAUCCAUGCUAGACACCGGAAAUUUUGUGUUGGCGAAUGGAAAUUCAUCCAAUGUGUGGGAGAGCUUUAGUAAUCCAACCGAUACAAUUCUACCCUCACAAACUCUAAAUCAGAAUGGCAUACUCUAUGCGCGCUACACGGCAACAAAUUACUCGACUGGUAGAUUCCUGUUUUCACUACAACCUGAUGGGAAUCUUGUACUUGCGACUACAAGGUUCCCACAAAAUACGCCCAAUUACGCGUAUUGGUCGGUGCAAAAUCCAAAUAUUGGAUUUCGAUUCAUCUUCAACGAGUCUGGCUUUAUGUACGUCACAUCCAAGAACGGAAGCUUACUCAGUACCAUAUCAUCCAAUACGGUUUCAAUGCAAGAUUUCUACCAGAGAGCAACACUAGAGUUUGAUGGAGUAUUUAGGCACUAUGUUUACCCAAAAAGCACUAGCUCGAGCACCCAAAGAUGGCCUAAGGUUUGGUCCACUUCCUCAUCCCCAUUCGUACCUCCAAACAUCUGCACGUCGAUUAUGGAAUCAACCGGCGGUGGGGCAUGUGGCUUAAACAGCUUUUGCACGAUUGAAGAUCAAGGACCGGCUUGCCAGUGCCCAAAUGGUUACUCCUUUAUUCAUUCGGAGGAUGAGCGCAGAGGAAGCAAGCAAAACUUUGCUCCACAGAGUUGUGGUGAAAUGUCAAAGGAGGAGACAGAUGUUUUCCAAUUUCAAGAGCUGAAUAACGCAAAUUGCUGGGCCGGAGACUACGCGCUUUUUGAGGGGAAGAGACUCCCUUUCUCGAAUGGGGCAAUUGACCCCAAUAUUAUUGGAAAGACUCUGAUAAAAGUUGGGAAACAAAAUUCGACUGUGAAAUGGGGUGGAGGUUCCAACACAGAAAAGAAAGACAAUAAAACUUUGAUCAUUUUCGGAUCUGUCAUCUUGAGUGGCUCUGGGGUUCUAAACUUCCUCCUACCAUUGAUUACCUAUUUGGUUGUCUCGCGAUCCUAUUCGAGAAAAGCGAAGGUGAGUCAAAAUCAUCCAGUCAUCUCUGGUCUGAAUUUGAAGCAUUUCACUUAUGAGGAGCUAAAAAAUGCCACGAACCAAUUCAAGGAAGAACUAGGACGCGGUGCUUCUGCAAUAGUUUUCAAAGGAGUUCUAGCCUCUGGUAAUGGGAAGAACGUUGCUGUCAAAAGCUUAGACACUAGGGUCGGAGAAAAUGAUUUGGAAUUCGAAGCGGAAGUAAGUGCUAUUCGCAGAACAAACCAUAGAAAUUUAGUCCAGCUACUUGGAUUUUGUUACGAGGGAGAGCACCAAAUUCUUGUGUAUGAGUUUAUGAGCAACGGAUCUUUAGCAGGUGUCCUCUUUGGAGAGUCGAUGGCAAACUGGUACCAAAGGAGGCAAAUCGCCUUGGAAAUUGCAAGGGGGCUGUUGUAUUUGCACGAGGAAAUUAACAGCCAAAUCAUACAUUGCGACAUCAAGCCUCAAAACAUUCUUCUUGAUGACUCUCUCACUGCAAGAAUUUCUGACUUCGGUUUAGCAAAGCUUUUGAGAAUCGACCAGACUCUAACCACGACCGGAAUCAGGGGAACAAAAGGUUAUGUGGCCCCUGAAUGGUUCAAAAGGUUGCCUAUCACGGCCAAGGUUGAUAUUUACAGCUACGGAAUUCUGUUGUUAGAGAUUAUUUUCUGCAGGAAGCAUUUCGAGGCAGCGGCUGAGGAUGAAGGUCCAAUGAUAUUAGCUGAUUGGGCGUACGAUUGCUAUAAGCAGAAUAAGCUGCACCAGCUAUUCAAGAAUAACGAUGAGACAAUGCAUGACUUGAAGAUGGUGGAGAAGUAUGUGAUGAUUGCAAUAUGGUGCAUUCAGGAGGAUCCAUCGCUUAGACCUAACAUGAAGAAGGUCACAUUGAUGCUCGAAGGAACCGUCGAAGUCUCAGCUCCACCCGAUCCAUCUUCUUUCAUAAGUUCAAUACUUUAAGUUCUUCCAAUAAUAAUCCCAUUUCUUAUGUAUAUCAAAAGUUUGUGUAUUUUUCAUUUUCAAGUACUCUUUGCUCUUAA